AUGUCGGUCCUUGGGAAGCGUGGAGCUUCUGAGCUUCGAAAUCUGGCUACUCCAGGUCCCAAGCUUGUCAAAUGCGCCUUGCGCCCUUUCUCGGUUCUCAACCGCCCACCGCCAAACUAUCCGGGCCAUGUUCCAUUGACAACGAUUGAGCGCGGUGCCCUAGCUCUGGGCUCAGCAAUUGGGUCUCUGAUUAAUCCUCGCAGAGCAGAUCUCAUUGCAGCCCUCGGCGAAGCAACUGCCACCCCAUACUUCAUCUACCGCCUCAGAAAUGCCAUGCUUUCUGACCCUACAGGCCGUCGCAUCCUACGCGACCGUCCCCGCAUUACCUCCGAAACUCUCAAACUUCCCUACCUCCGCACCCUCCCCGAGAACUCCGUUGGCCGAGAAUACGCCAAAUGGCUUGACCGCGAAGGUGUUUCGCCAGAUACUCGGGAUCAAGUUCAAUACAUAGAUGAUGAAGAGUGCGCCUACGUCAUGCAGCGGUACCGGGAGUGCCAUGACUUCUACCAUGCGGUGACGGGACUCCCGAUCUUCGUGGAGGGCGAGCUGGCGCUGAAGGCACUGGAGUUCCUGAACACUCUUCUGCCAAUGACCGGCUUAAGUCUCUUUGCAUUUGUGAGAAUGAAGCCUGCCGAGAAAGAGCGGUUCCUGUCACUGCAUUUACCGUGGGCGGUACGAAAUGGACUUCAGAGCAAGGAACUGAUUAAUGUAUACUGGGAAGAGGUAUUGGAGAAGGACGUUGAUGAGCUGAGGGUAGAGCUGAAUAUUGAACGUCCGCCAGAUCUGAGAGAUAUCCGGAAGAUGAUCCGGCAGCAGCAGAAGCGAGAGAAGGAGAAGCAACAGCAGAUGUCAAGCUAA